AUGCCUUUGCAGGCCCACACGAGCUCUAGCCUCCUCCAACCUCCUCAGCUUCCCCUCCCGUCGAGCAAUGUCAACCACCUGUUCCCUGUCGCAGACCCCUUCCGAACCCUCCUCCGACACCAAGAAGCGCAAACCGCUAACCCGAGAACAACGCGACUUUCUCUCCUCCGCUGUCCGUCCAGCCCCUCCGGCAAUCUGACCCCGAACCCCACGUAUGUGAAAUCAUCACUGACGAAACCUUGCCAGCUCCGUGUCAACCAAGCCGGCGAACUGGCCGCCACGCUCAUCUACAAAGCGCAAACGCCGCUCGUCGUCCGCCAGCACCCCCACCUCCGACCGCUCAUGGCGCACAUGUACGACCAAGAAGCCGGGCACUUUGCAACGUUCAACGACCUCAUCCACAAGCACCGCGUGCGUCCGACGGCGCUCUACCCGCUGUGGUCUGUCCUCGCCACAGGUCUAGGCUGGUCAACUGCCCUGAUGGGCCGCGAGGCCGCAAUGGCGUGUACGGAGGCGGUCGAGACCGAGAUUGGAGACCAUUACAAUAACCAGAUUCGAGAGAUACUCGAGAUGAUUACCCAGUGGGAGGCAGAGGGCUACCAAGUCAGUACCGAGAUUGGGGAGUUGGUACAGACGUUGAGGAGGAUACGGGAUGAGGAGCUGGAGCAUUUGGACCAUGCGGUUGAGCACGAUGCGAAAAAGGCAGAGCCGCAUUGGUUGUUGACUGGAGUUAUAAGGGCCGGUUGUAGGGGAGCGAUCUGGGUCAGCGAGCGAGUUUGA